AUGAACGCACCACCGACAUUCGAAUCAUUUUUACUGUAUGAUGGAGAGAAGAAGGUUCAGAAAGAAGAAGACACAAAAGUUACAAAUGCGGCUAUAUUUACUGUUAAUAAGGAAGACCAUUCGCUUGGAAACAUGAUUAGACACCAGCUUUUAAAGGACCCGAAAGUAUUAUUCGCAGGAUAUAAAGUACCACAUCCUUUAGAACAUAAAUUUGUAUUACGUAUUCAAACGACUUCGGACUAUACACCCCAAGAUGCCUUUAUGAAUGCCAUCACAGACUUGACAUCUGAGUUAUCUUUGUUUGAAGAAAGAUUUAAGGAAGCAAUUAAAGAAAAGAAGGACGGUUUGGACUGA